UUGGCGGGGAUGAACGUGCCACUUCCUCGUAGUUCCUAUGAUCCUGAUACAAAUCCUGAUUUGCGGAGAAAAAUUCCGCGGAACCAAUCGUUUGUAUUUACUCAGGAAGGGAGGUUACGCUUCCUGGUAUUGGCGGGGAUGAACGUGCCACUUCCUCGUAGUUCCUAUGAUCCUGAUACAAAUCCUGAUUUGCGGAGAAAAAUUCCGCGGAACCAAUCCUUUGUAUUUACUAAGAAAGGGCGUUUACGCUUCCUGGUAUUGGCGGGGAUGAACGUGCCACUUCCUCGUAGUUCCUAUGAUCCUGAUACAAAUCCUGAUUUGCGGAGAAAAAUUCCGCGGAACCAAUCCUUUGUAUUUACUCAGAAAGGGAGGUUACGCUUCCUGGUAUUGGCGGGGAUGAACGUGCCACUUCCUCGUAGUUCCUAUGAUCCUGAUACAAAUCCUGAUUUGCGGAGAAAAAUUCCGCGGAACCAAUCCUUUGUAUUUACUAAGAAAGGGCGUUUACGCUUCCUGGUAUUGGCGGGGAUGAACGUGCCACUUCCUCGUAGUUCCUAUGAUCCUGAUACAAAUCCUGAUUUGCGGAGAAAAAUUCCGCGGAACCAAUCCUUUGUAUUUACUAAGAAAGGGCGUUUACGCUUCCUGGUAUUGGCGGGGAUGAACGUGCCACUUCCUCGUAGUUCCUAUGAUCCUGAUACAAAUCCUGAUUUGCGGAGAAAAAUUCCGCGGAACCAAUCCUUUGUAUUUACUAAGAAAGGGCGUUUACGCUUCCUGGUAUUGGCGGGGAUGAACGUGCCACUUCCUCGUAGUUCCUAUGAUCCUGAUACAAAUCCUGAUUUGCGGAGAAAAAUUCCGCGGAACCAAUCCUUUGUAUUUACUCAGAAAGGGAGGUUACGCUUCCUGGUAUUGGCGGGGAUGAACGUGCCACUUCCUCGUAGUUCCUAUGAUCCUGAUACAAAUCCUGAUUUGCGGAGAAAAAUUCCGCGGAACCAAUCCUUUGUAUUUACUAAGAAAGGGCGUUUACGCUUCCUGGUAUUGGCGGGGAUGAACGUGCCACUUCCUCGUAGUUCCUAUGAUCCUGAUACAAAUCCUGAUUUGCGGAGAAAAAUUCCGCAGAACCAAUCGUUUGUAUUUACUCAGAAAGGCGUUUACGCUUCCUGGUAUUGGCGGGGAUGA